UAACAUAAGAUAUCUAGAACAACGGAGAGCUCCAUUUUGGAUUUUACAAAACUGAAUCUGAAAGAAAGAAGCAAAGAAAACGAAAAAAGAAAGAUUGAAACCGCAACUUUCUGCAAUUUUUGAGCUUUUCGUUCAUGGUUCUGGUAUUUCUCAAGCGACCGAGCUGUUAAAAUUGAUGGUCUGUUGAUUCUGUUUGUGUCUGGAUCUGCUGAGCUUCUUCGGACCUUUAUUUGGUCCUUGAUUGCCGUGUUCUGUAUUUAAUUGCUACUGAGCGCAGAAUAAGCACUGUGAUUGAGGAUGGAAUCAUCACCUUCGUCAUCGUCAGUGAUAACGCCAGAAGAUGUAAUGGGGACUUUGAUGAACGACGGCACAAUCGAUUCCAUGAGGUUGAAAAUCAUUACUCACCUCAAAGCUAAUGAAGAGCUCAAAAAUACCACCAUAAAGAUGGUUGAGCAAAGCAGGGUUCUCAACACCCCUGGUGCUGAAAAGCAGACCAAAAGAGAGCUAUUUGAUGCACUCCGGCAAGAACUUGAGACUUCAGUGCUUGAGAAAGCUUCUAAAUCAGUUUGGGAGCUUAUUUUGGAUAACAAUGGGAUAGGAAAGGAAAUAAGUGAAACUGUUGAACAAGUAUUCUGUCGGUUGAGUGGAAGAGAACCACCAUUAUUUGUAUCGGAUUUUGGACCUCAACCAGAGAAAGGGAAAGAGAAAAAGAGCGGGCAAGACAGGCAGAAAGAGGAAAGCCUAGAAACUGGAAAAGAUAAUUCUGAAUCUGCAGCAAAGAAGAGAAAGAUGAAUACAGAAGAGGGGAUUGAUGGAACCGUUAGCAAACCUAGUGACAAAUCAACCUCAUCAGAUGAUUCUAGUAAAAUGCUGCCACCAAAUGCAAAAAGUCAACACACUUCCUGAAUCGACUCCAUUGUCUUAUCCAUCUUUUUUCAUCUUUUAGUGAGGGAUUUCUUUUCUUCAUGCCCUCUUUUUUCCUUAAUAUGUUUUUGGUUCAGAUACCAGGAGAAUCUUUGACACCAAGUACUUCUACAAAUUUAACUUGUAACAUGGUCUGUUAAUACUAAAAUUAGAACUGUUCACUAGGCGUUAGGUUCUUUUGAAAUCUAUGUAGCUUAUCAGUUCAAAAAUUGAUUCCUGGGCUUCCAGAAUGAGCAUUGCUUUACGUUUCAGUUGUGUAGAAUAUUCAGAACGCAAUUCUUUCGGGGUGGAGUUGAAGGAUGUUUGAGUUAAAUUCAUUCA